UUAAUCGUCGGUAAUUUUGGCCUCAGUUAUGAGCAGUCAAAGUCUCAGAUGGCCAUGUGGGCCAUAUUUGCUGCUCCGUUACUCAUGUCUGUAGAUCUACGGACAAUUCGUCCAGAAUACAAAGCUAUUCUUCAGAAUCGUGCUGUUAUUGCCGUUAACCAAGAUCCACUUGGCAUUCAAGGAAAGAGAAUUUAUAAGGACAAAGGUAUAGAAAUUUGGGCUCGUCCAAUUUCUCCUCUUCAUCAGAACUUCUAUUCAUAUGCCAUAGCUUUUCUUAAUAGACGUACUGAUGGAACACCCUCUGAGGUGUCUGUGACACUUCGUGAACUUGGUCUGGCUUAUCCGGGAGGAUAUGCAAUUACUGAUCUCUUUGAUAACGUUCAUUAUGGUACUGUGUCACCAGAUAAGAGAUUUAAGGUAGAUGUUAACCCCUCUGGUGUUGUUUUGGUAAGGUGUGAUGUUGUAAAGACAACAGGGUUUGGUCUAGGCGGUACUAGAUCCCAGUUUAGGGAAAUUCACCCCCAGAGUUCUUUCAGAAACCCUUUUAACAAUCAGAUAGUCAAUCAGUUUGGACAAUCUGAAAGAUUUUUCUAGCACCAUAGCAUUAAUGCUUGAAAGGGCUGUACAAAAGGACUUUUAAGGUAUAGGUUGUGUACAAAGUUAGUAAAGUGCUUAAUGGUUGACCAAACUGUUGUCUUGAACUUAUUUAUUGGCAAGGAUUUUGUUUUGAUAAAUAUCACCCUUUUGUGAAACUAUCCUGAUUUUUGCAUCAUUGCAUUUUAUGUAUGAAUUUUUCUUCAGUAAUGUAUAAUGAUAUGAUUUAUCACUUGGUCACUGUCCAUGCAUCAUAAUGGCUGCCAUAUUUUGAAGUUAACAUUGCAUCAUAUUGUGUGUUAUGUAUAUUCAGUUCAUAAACAUUUACUUUAGUAUGAAUUAACUCUUAAUUAUAGAUAUUUGAUAGUUAAAUAGGUACUGUAUACAGUAUUAAGAGUAUUGGAAUUAAGAAUAUAUAUACAUAUCUUGAACAAAGAUAAAGCAAAUUGUGAUAAGUUUUGCUUGAAUUAUAAUCACUUCCCAAUUGGCUUUUCCUCCAAACUUACUGUGUGGGAAACUGUAUUCAAUUACAAAGGCAUUUUAAAAAUGGUGCAUUAGCUCCCUUGGGUUAUUAUUUUAAGGUAGUUUAACCUGAUCAUUGAGUUAAAAUUCUGUUCUAUCAUAAGAUGGCUAUGUGCUACCAUGGAAAAAAUCAGUAACCUGAACAUUUGAGUAAAAAUCUUUGCUCUUAUAAGGAUGGCCAUAAGGUACCAUGAAAAAAAAAAAAACUAACAUAGUACACAUAUAAACAGUUUUUAUGACCAUUUUAUGUAUAAUAUGCAAUAGUUAGAAUAACAGUUGAAAAUCAUAAAGAAAAAAGAUACUAGUAGUAUUGUGCAUUUUCUCAGAAUUUUUAGUACUUCCAUAAAUUACC